AUGGCAACAUUGAUUGAUAAUAGAUAUGGUAAAGCACGUGUACGUGUAUUAAAGGUAAACAAGAAUGGAGAUCAUCACUCUGUGUUUGAUUUUGAUUGUUGUGUAUUGUUAAAGGGUGACUUUUCCGAUACCUACUAUACCGGUGCCAACGACAAGGUUGUGGCGACCGACUCUACCAAAAACACUGUCUACUUGUUGGCUCAAUCUGAGCAAUUCAAGUCGGUUGAAGAGUUUGGUGUUAUUGUUGGCAAGCAUUUCCUUGCUACCUAUUCACACGUGUCAGAGGUACAAGUCACCAUCAAAGAGAAUGUAUGGGAUCGUAUGCGUGUCACCUAUGAACAACGUGAACACGACCACUCUUUUGUACGUUCACGCGACGUUCACACUGCCAGUAUUAUCAGUGUUCGUGGUCGUCCCGCUCAAGUCACCUCUGGUAUUGAGGAUUUGCUCAUCAUGAAGACUACCGGUUCUGGAUUCGAAGGUUUCUACCGCGACAAAUACACCACACUCAAGGAGACCAAGGACCGUGUCUUUGCCACCAUGGUCACUGCCUCGUGGACCUACAAUACCGCCACCAAUGUAAACUAUGUCAAUGCUGUAGCUGAAUUCAAAAAGUCAGUCUUUGAUAUCUUUGCUCUCACCUAUUCCAAAUCUGUUCAAGAAACUCUUUACAUUAUUGCAAAGACUGCUUUAGAAAGAGUAAAAGAAAUUGAUGAAAUCAAAUUAUCACUUCCAAACAAACAUGCAUUUGGUUUUGAUUUUACUAGAUUUGAAGGUGUCAAGAAUAAUAAUACUGUUUUCCAACCGGUUGAAGAACCAUCUGGAUUAAUUGAAGGUACCAUCAAGAGAGCUGCCUCCAAACUUUAA